AUGUGGCGUUUAACGCUCACCGCCUUCACCAUAUGUGUUUGGUUCGUUGGUGCGCUAGGGAAUGAUGUCGUUUCAUCGUCAUUGGUAAAUACGAACGUUGAUAGGAAUGUGGACUUGCAGUCGCAACUUGUUAAAAUUAGCACCAAAAUUACGGCUGAAAAUAAGGGUUCAUCACCAGUAAAGCACUAUCACAUUGCGCUGACUGGCGAAGAAAAGCACCACUUGGCCUUUGUUGGCGCAGGCAUCGCCACUGACAAAGACAGUGAUCUAACGAUCUCGGAAGUUUCUGUGCCUGCCCAAAAGGGAUUCCACCACUACCGCAUCGAGCUGCCGGCUCCCUUAGCGCCUGGCAAGUCAGUGAAGCUGGUGGUCGAAACUACUUUCAGUCACCUGGUCACUCCCCACCCAACGCACAUCACCCAGGCCGAACGUCAGCUUGCACUCUAUCAGGGAAACCAUUACUUCCUGACCCCCUAUGUCACGGAGACGCAAGUGACUCGAGUGAGCCUGCCUACCCCAAAGCUCGAGUCGUUCUCAAAGCUCAAGCCAGUGACACACUCCGAUAAUCUGGUCACCUAUGGGCCCUAUGAGCAAGUCAAGCCUUACACUGAAGACAAGUUGACCGUGCAUUAUGAGAACAACAACCCGUUCCUCACAGUCACAAACCUCGAAAGGGCUAUCGAAGUCUCGCACUGGGGUGUCAUCUCUGUCGAGGAAGUGAUCGACCUGCGUCACACUGGGGCUGUCCUCAAGGGCUCUUUCUCUCGCUACGAGUACCAGCGGGACCAGAAUGGUGUUUCUUCAGUCAAAUCAUUCAAGACUGUCCUGCCAGCUUCGGCCAUGGACGUCUACUACAGGGAUGAAAUUGGAAACAUUUCGACAAGUCACAUGAGAGUCCUGCAUGACUCUGUGGAGUUGGAUGUGCGCCCAAGAUUCCCGCUGUUCGGUGGCUGGAAGACUCACUACAUUCUUGGCUACUACGUCCCCACUUACGAGUAUCUUUACAAUGCGGGUGACCAAUACGUCUUGCAGAUGCGGUUUGUGGACCACAUCUUCGAUGACAGCGUUGUAGACAAGGCAAAUGUCAAGAUCAUCCUUCCAGAGGGUGCCACGGACAUCAAGCUUCGUGUACCGUACCAGGUGAAGCGUCUGAAUGACCAACGUCACUACACAUACUUGGACACCAUCGGGCGUCCGGUGAUCGUCCUUGAAAAGACUAACCUUGUUGAGCAGCACAUCCAGGACUUCCAGGUUCACUACAAGUUCAAGAAGCUGCUUAUGCUCCAGGAGCCCCUUCUUGUGGUUGUGGUUCUCUACUUGCUGUUCCUCCUCGUGGUCAUCUAUGUCAGGCUGGAUUUCACCAUCAGCAAGGACCCGGUUCACGAGAGCAAGCUGCAAGUGAGCGGCCUGCUGGAGAAGGCAGCUGCUACUCAAGAUCGCCGAGCUGACUUGUAUGCUCAGCACGACGCAGCUUUGGCUAAGUACAAGGCAAGCAAGGAUGCCUCUGGGUUCCAGGCAUCGCUGAAGAAGAUAAACGCAGAGCACAAGACCCUCACACAGACCCUGGCUGAUUGCCUCACCAGGCUGAAGCAGGAGAGCAUUGAGGCUGCUGAACCGGUGAGCGAGCUGCAGCGUCUGGACAAGCUGCUCAGGGAACAGUUCCAGCAACACGUGGCCCAGCUGGAGAAGUUCAUGGGUGGCAAGAUGAGCAAGCAGCAGUACCUGGACAUCGAAGCCAGCAUUCAGAAGAAGAAAGAAGACCUGGCCGAGAAGAUGCACACCAUCACUGCCUCACUCUAGUCGCCCUCCCCCCUUCCUGCCUAUAGCAGUUUCAUCACUCUCCUGCUGUCUAAUGUGUCAGCCAGACAACCCUGCCAUCCACAUUAUGCCUCAAUAUAAUCGUUCUUUAAGCCGUACCAGUAGGUAAUUGUAAUGAAUUAGUUAGGGCAAGCAGCUAGCAUCUCAGCUUAGGAGAUUACAAGCCCCUAUUGCAGUAAAAGUUCCACAGGAUACCUAACUACAGGGUUGAAUAAAUGAGAGAGAGUGGUUUUGUAACACCAGGUCACGUUGCAUUACAUCUCUUGCUUGUGUAGCAAAGGUAUGAAAUGUAGUCUUAGAUUUAGCUAAAGCACGGUAGAGGUUUUUCUCUGUACAUAGCAGUGCAUAUAAACAGGCAACUGGAUAGAUGAAUUUUGACAUGUCUGCAUGCUUGUGUGUAAACCAGUACUGGAAAACAUGAGAGGCAGAGUUGUCUUGGCUGACGCUUCAGGCACAUUUCAAGUUCAGUGCCCAAUAAGUGCAAAAUAAGGGAGCUGAUGACUGCCCGGUGUGUUACAAAACUUGUUUGUGUAUGGGUGUGUGCCUUUGUGCAACAUGUUGGUUUUGUUUUGGGUAAGCUUAGAUGGCAUCACUCAUUAUGUGUUCUAAGCCAUUGUCAUUCCAAAGUUGAAUAAAAGGUUCUUUUUUUCUUA